AUGUCAGAUCUUCUGCAAUACGAUCGAGAUGUUCAGAACGUUCGCCUCGGCGAGGGCUACGGCAACUUCAAGUGUGGACCGGACGACGAACUCAUCCCACUGAUCGAUCACGCAAAUGUGGCCUGCGGCUUCCAUGCUGGCGACCCCCUGAUCAUGCAGGAAACAGUGCGAGCAUGCAAGAAGCACAACAUCGCGAUUGGUGCACAUCCUGGUCUUCCAGAUAUCCAAGGCUUUGGCCGACGAGAGAUUAAGAUGAGCCCGGAAGAACUGACGGCCAUGAUCCGCUACCAAGUCGGUGCAUUGAAGGCUUUCCUGGAAGCAGAGGAUGUGCCUCUGCAUCAUGUCAAGCCUCACGGCGUUCUCUACGGCAUGAUGUAUCGUGAUCGCGAAGUGUGCCGUGCAGUGUACGAGGGCGUUCCCAGGGGCACACCUGUGUUUGGUCUGGCGGGGACGUUCCACGAGGAAGUUGCUAAGGAGCUGGGACUGCCUUUCGUUGCCGAGCUUUAUGGUGAUGUCAAGUACAACAAGGAUAAGACCCUCGUGAUCGACCGGAAGAAGAAAGCCUGGACUCCCGAGGAGACAAAGAAGCACAUCUCAUCUCAGGUCAAUAACUCCUCCGUGACAGCGGUGAGUGGUGAAGAAGUAGAUCUGCCUCUCGGCGACCACGAUGUCAGUCUAUGCUGCCACAGCGAUAGUCCUGGUGCCGUCCAGAUCGUCACUGCUGCGAGACAGAUGGUGGAUGAGUUCAAUAAGAAGAAUGGGUUUGAUUGA